AUGGCAAUUGAUGGUUUGCUGGCAAGCCUGAUUUAUCUCGAUGACACAAGAUCCAGUGCCAAUCAUGUCCCCAACGCAGAAUUACGGGACAUGGCACGUUGGCAAGCCAUUCUUGACUUUCGGAUUGAGGUCGAGCAAUACUGGGAUGCUCUGACCAACAUUACACAGACAGAAGAUCUUCCCGGCCUCGACAGCUUACUUAAAGCAUUCCCUACUCCCGUUCAUCUGUACGAAGUGGCUAUCUUCACCUUUCGCAACACCUUAACGGGCCCAGAGCCUGAUUCUCUAGAGAACAUAUUUGCGAUUUGUAGCUUAUCCUAUGUUGAUUCAAUAUGCUCCCGAAGAACGGGCAAGCCAGUUAUUGACAACAUUUUCCGCGACAUCAAUAUCUGGCGGGACUCAAUUGGUGAUCCUCAGCAUCGUCAAUUGUUCAACGAUCUCAUUCAACGGCUUUGGGGCGGCGGCGGAGAUAUAACAACAUCCCCGUUCCAAACAGAAGAAUCCUUGCGUUCAGCCUCUCAGCCUUUCGGUGAUCCGGGCUACAUAUCACCUCAGAGUGCAACCAUGCAAGACAUCUCAUUGUUCGGCGAUCUUCCCGACCCGUUCUGGAGCGGUCUUUUCGACAUGCCAGGCUCCCUCUUCGGGCCUAAUUACAGAUGACACGCAAUACUGAAGGUUUCCACACCACUGUAU